GUACGUUCUACAUUCUGAUCCGAGGAUCAGCUGGAGGCAGCAAUAAACAAGCGGAAUCUGCAGCGCAAAAAAACAAAAUAAUAACUAGAUCAAGAAGAUAAGCUGCAGAUGUUAUCAUCGGAAACACCAGUGUUUGACACGAAGCCCUUCUUCUGAGAAGAAAGCCUUAUUAUUUUAUUAUCAUGCUGUUUUAACUACCUCACGAAAAAAGGCUAUCUAAAGCUAUGCUUUAAUAAUCGUUUCUACUGUGUGUGAUCUCGUUUACAACUUGAAUAAUAUUGCAAAGGCAGGCCUUUGCUGCAAACCAAGUGAAACCUUACAUUUGCACUACAGAAGUCUGUCUACUUAUUUUUGUCAAAACUGAGACCCAUAAGAGGGCUUCAAGUAAAAACAAAAAGAGAGACAAGGAGGUACAUUAAACAGCAACAAGUAAUACCUGCAUAUAAUAAAAAAAAAAUCACAGGCAGCUACAGCUUUUUCUUUGUGGACAACAAAUCCGUAAAACGCUCAAGUCAUUAACACCCAACAACAACACAAGGAGCGAUGUUUCAGCGUCUCAGCAACCUGCUGUUUGGUGAGGUGGAAGAGGUGGCGGCUGAGCUGAAGGGCCCAAAGCCCUGUGUGACCGAGGCCGAUGAGGACGGAUGGAUGCUUGUCAACCUCCCGGAAGCUGAGUGCGUGAUGCAGGUUGGGGAUGAGAAGGGAGCCCCACAGAUUGCACAAACAUUCCAGGAUAGAUACCAAUUAAGUCAUCAGGACACACAUACAAGGACAGAUUUCCCUGCAGUUGCGAGUCUCCACUCGCCUCACAAGUGCCGUAGGACACGUAUAGUUCGGGAACAAGGUGCCGUAGCAUUAUCUGACCCCCUUUCUUGCCCCGGUAUUAGACCUUCAGAUAUGGGUGCUACCACCCCUGUGAGCCUGCCGAGACGGUCCAGGCUGUCCACGCCUUCCUCCACCCCAUCAGUCUCCCCUGGUUCUGGCAGUGAGUGUGGGGGCAGUGGGGGUAGCAGUAGGUCGGACUCAGAGAGAGGCUGCAUGGAUGAGAGCUGGUUUGUCACCCCUCCCCCCUGUUUCACUGCAGAGGGAGCCCCCGCAGAGGCCAGUCCGAUGGAGGACCUGCUCAUCGAGCACCCCAGCAUGUCUGUCUACGUGUCUCCGAACAACAUGUCCUUGGUUUCCAACAGCAACCUGUCUGUGGUGGUAGAGGAGAGCAUGGUCAGCCUGUCGAGCAGCGUGAGCCGAGUGUCCGAGCCAACUGUGGUUCCCGUGACACGCGGCUCUCUGCCCAGCAGGGUGAGCCGUGGUGCAGCUGCACAGGCUGGAGCUCUGGCCAAAGUCACCCAAGUAGCUCGAGUCCAGCGUAGCAAAGCCCGCAUUGAGAGGUGCCAUCUGGGCCGCAAUCGCAUCCAACGCCAAAACCGCACAAGGGAGCAAGUUCCUCGCCAUGCAGCUCAUGCCAGAAACACCUUCCUUCACCAGCCCAGCAAGCGUAACUUCUGCCACUAAACUCCAUAGUAACAAAGCGAUAUUGUUUACUCUGAGGGCAUUAAUAGCACACAGGCAACUCCAAAAUACCUGUAACUUAAAUGCCGUAUUGGCCCAAAUAUGUAAACGUUGGGGGGA